CUAAAGGUUGGAUGUGUCUUCCGCUAAGGGAAACUCUGCCGAAAUUUCGUGGACGCCGACACUUGUGAAAAUAUCGAGGGAGCUGAGUGUGGACAGCAAAGGGGGGCUGAAAUUCGUCAUUUCUCAAGGAGAAGAUGAAUGAGAGAGGAGGAGAUGCUAAUGGAAGAGGAGCUGUAGCUGAGAAGACAAGUGAACCGCCGCCAUCAAAAGUUGAAGCUUUGGAUGGCUCCAACUAUGAGGAAUGGAGCGGACGGAUGAGAAGUGCCUUCAAACGCUACAAGCUACUGAAGAUUGCUGUUGGGGAAGAGAAGAUGCCGGAAGAAGGCGAAGCACGUGAACGGUGGAUUGAGAAAAGCACGGUGCUUUUCGACCUCAUCCUUCAAUCGGUCAACAAGGAGAUGUUCGAGCACAUCAAGGAUCUUGUGGAAGCGGAUGAUUCGGGUCCAAGGGCGUGGAAACUACUACGCGAUAUCAAGUAUGUGGCAGCAGCGUCAGGUGCUUUGCUCCCUGUCAUUGGUGUUGGAAAUGCCAAGGUUAAGGGAGCUAAUGGGGAGCUUGUGGGGCUUGGGAAUGUUCUGCUGGUUAAAGGCUUGUCUGCUAACCUUCUCUCUGUGCGACGACUGCAGAAGAGCAAGGCCGAAGUGACCUUUGGACCAACCAGCUGCCGUGCUAAGCUUGGGAAGAAGGUGCUAUGGAGUCUGGAAGAGGAGACCAGUUGCAUCAAGGACCUGUGGCAGCUGCCCAUCAUCCCAUGGAAUGGGAAGACUCCAACAGCAGCAACGGCAGCAGCGGCAAAGGCAACAGCAGGAGGAGAUGCAACUGCACCAACUGAUGGGGUCCUGGAAGCAGUCAAGAAAGUGCAGCAGCAGCAGAGACAUGGUGAGGUGCUUGCUGGUGUGGAUGCGAGUGCGGCAUGGGCUAAGGCUUCAUCAAAGAGUGGAGAGGCCGAUUGGGAGACAUGGCAUGAGAGGCUGUGUCAUGUGAACUUCCCUAUGCUACAGAAGUUGGUAAAGGAUGGGAGCCUGAAAGGCUUGGAGGUGAAAGGGGGAGUGAAGGAGAUUGGGAGCUGCCCUACAUGCUUGGAGACCAAGUUCUCCAAGUUCCCCUUCAACAGCACUACAGGACCAGCCAAGACCCCACUUGCACUUGUGCACAUGGAUGUGGUGGGGCCCACAAGAGCCCCUUCCCUCUCAGGCAGCCGCUAUUUCUUGACAAUUGUGGAUGACCACACUCGAGCAGCAGAUGAGUUGCAGCAGCCUUCAAGACAGGUAGAGGUUGCAGUGUCAGAGGAGGAGAUGUCUGGGGUGACUGAGGAAGGGGGAGCAGCUGAAGUAGAGCAGCAGCAGCAGCAGCAUGAGUCUCCACCUCGAGUUCCACACCCGCCUGAGCGUCCUAGGAGGGAUGUGCGCCCUCCAGUGAGGCUGACCUAUGGGGGAAGAGGCAAGCCGAAUGUGGUGCAGGCUGGGAGUGUGGUUGAGCAGAUUGAGGAAGAUGAGAUCGCUCACUGCUACUGGGCACCAAUCCCUGAGCCCAAGACUCGAGAAGAGGCCUUGAAUGGACCAAAUGGGGAGAAGUGGAAGGCGAGUGAGGAUGAGGAGUUUGGGUCCCUGAUUGAGAACGAGACAUGGGACCUGUGUGACUUGCCUCCUGGAAAGAAGGCAAUCACUUCCAAGAUGAUCUACAGGCACAAGUAUGGACCUGAAGGGGAGCUGACCCGAUACAAGUCUAGGCUUGUGGCAAGGGGGUUUCAGCAGACAAAAGGGAAGGACUAUGAUGAGGUGUUUGCUCCUGUGGGGAAAGGAACAACACUGAGGGUGCUGUUGGCGAUAGCUGCACUCCUGGGAUGGAAGAUACGGCAGAUGGACAUUGUGACUGCCUUUCUGAAUGGGAUCAUUCUGGAGGAGGUGUAUAUGAAGCAGCCAGAGGGGCUGGAUGAUGGGAGCGGCAGGGUCUGCAGGCUGAAGAAGGCCAUCUAUGGCCUUAAGCAGGCGCCUCGUGCAUGGUAUCACAAGUUGGAGGAGGCGCUGCUGGCUGGGGGUUUCAAGAAGAGUGAGUGUGACCCCAGCCUGUUCCUGCUGCAGGAGAAGGAUGAAAUCCUCAUGCUCUUGGUGUACGUGGAUGAUAUCCUUCUCUUUUCUGCAUCAACUGCUUUGCUGGACAGCGCAGAGCAGAUGCUAGAGAUGCAGUUCAAGUGUUCCAAGAUGGAGUAGUGUGCAGUGCAGUUGUCAUA